AAGUUAAACCUACCAAUAUUGAAGAACUAUCUCAAUACUAUGAACACUCUUCUCAAUUUCUUAAAAGCAUUUUUCAAAAAUCCUAUAUUGACUUUCCUAAACAAGAAAAUGAGAACUGGCAACAACCCAAACUCAACUCCUCUCUAUUUUACAAAAACAGCAAGCAUGAAGUAUUUUUUGAUAAACAAAUCCCAACUUUAUUAUUUGACAAACUUGCAAGCAAUGCAGAAAACUCUGCUUGCAAUGCUAAUAAU